CAAUCACGCAUCACUCUCGCACUUGGGUCCCAUCAAUGGAACCCGGAAUUCGGAUACAUUUACUCUAACUCCAUCGUUAACUGGUUAUCAUUCACAGUGUUCUUCCGAGACUCUCGCUCCAUAGCUCUGUUAAUUGGCUGACACCGAGAGCGUACCGGUUUUGUUUCUUAGUUUAGUACUAUUUGGCGGAUAUCGCGAAGGCAAAGAACAGGUUAAACGGGCGUUGUCAGUGCAGCACUGAAACGGCGGCACGUAAACGCAACACGUUUGGGGGACGGAGGCUAGCACAAUAAACGAGACGGCGCGUCACUACAAAUGGACACCCGAAGCCGAAAUUCUUCGAUAAUUGGGGAUCUUCAUAGAUGACAUUUUAUCCAAUGGACGCCGUUGAAUGCAGCCGUCCACGGAAGGUGCAUGUUCCAGAUACAUGUAUUGGACACAGCAUAAGACUGAAUGCAGAAGACAUUGCAAGUGACAAAGGAGCAACAGAAGGGGAGGAAGAACAGCCCCCUAAAUGUGUUACCAUGGCGCCCACUCCCAGGUAUCUGACUGACAGGCAAUAUGUGAUGAGAAAGCCUCUGUUCUCUAUCGGACAACCAUCUAUUUUAAAGAAGACUCGGCAACAUCAUCAACUGAGGGAGAUGCAUGUUGGUGUCAGCAGGAUAGAUGGUCAGCAUUCCAUCAACAAUAAUUUGCUGACCAGGUUAGAAGAAGACCCAAACCAACUGAGCUACCGCUUCACUCCCAGUGAUGUCUCUUCUUAUUCAGAAUCUAAAGAAGUGUGCGGCUCACCACUGGGCAUCCCAGAUGUCGGCAGUGGGUUACAACAUGAAGAAACUUUGGUUGGAUCUACUUUGACCAGAAGUAAGUCAAUUCAAUGUGGUCUCUCCGGCUCAAUCCUGGAGUUCCAGAAAAAAGACCUUCCUGUGAGGCCGCAACUAACAUCCACUGUUCUGUACCCUACCUAUAUCCCACGCUCCCUUUCUUACGCCGAGAGAGACCAAACAGACCUCAAAAAACAAAAUAUCAGCUCUUUGGCAGGGAAGUCAAGAAGAAAAACCAUGUCAUACUAUGAAGCAAACUAUUGGGACUGUGCUAUCCCUAAACCUUUGCCCACAUCCACAAAUAGGUACACUGGAGCCUGGGAUCCAAACAAAGAGUACCAAGCUUUGCUGGACUACACCUACCCUCUAAGGCCUGGGCAGAUGGACAGUAAGUGGGACAGCAUUGAGUUACAGGGUGACACCCUUCAACAACAAGACAUGAACUUAAAGGAUUCUGGUAUUGAACUGGAUAAUCUUUGUCCCACCAGCCUGUCUGGGUCAGACUUAAACCUGAGCAAUACCAUAAAGACAAAAGCGUGGGACAGAAUGGAUCAGAAAAUCGAUUCUACAGGUCUAAACUCUUCUACGUUUGGCUCCACAACAGUCUCAAAUGGGUUGUUUUUGGACUGUCUGGACUUUAUGGACAAAGAUGUUGUGAACUGUCCCCAGGGUAAAAGUCAGCGCAAUCAUCAGUAUGCACAACCCUCCUCCAUCGCUUUUAUUCACGCAACAAGUGUUCUUCCUCAGUCUCAAUCUGCAAGCAGGGACUUUGACAAGGAGUUUUGGUCUCUGCCCGAUCACCUGGAGAGGAAUGUGCUACUCCUCACUGGACAGGUCAAGGACGUGACAACCAGGCUAAACCGCCCGGUCACAGCCAUUUGUGAUGCUAUGGACUGCACCUCUAUAUUCUCUACUAUAUCACAGCCGGGGAAAGAACUGGCUAAAGAGGCUGAUGCCAAACAGCACGAGAGCAAAAGAGAUGAUGGAAGCGUGACCAUAAACAAAAAUAAGAGUGCAGCUGAAUCAGAAGCUGAUCAUGGUAACUCUGAGGCAGUGAGGACAAGUCCCAGUUCAUGGAAAAAGUCUGUAGGUGCAGGACUAACUCAGGAAAGUUUCAAGGAGGUGGAGACCUUGGUAGAGCAGCUUUGUGGCCUCUACCUGAGAGACCCUCAAAAGGUCAUCCUGGAGGACCAGGACCGAAAUUGCUCUCUGAUGCAGCAUACCCACAUGUUUUGUUCACUCUUGGAGCAAUACAUCCUCUGGCUCUACAAGGUUUCUGAUAAGCUAGAGAUGUUGGCUCGACCCACCGUAUACAAGGACAACAUGAAGAGGUCACUUGCUGAGUAUCAGAGAUUUCAGCGAGAGGUGAGUAGCCAUGAGCACCUGACCGCUCAUGUUCUGCAAACCGGUGAGCUCCUUCUCAGCUGCAUGGACAGCACCUCCCCUUUGUUAAGAAACAUGCUGCUGUUAAUUGAGAGGCAGUCGAGAGCCAUAGAGAAUCGCACCGAACACUUUGUGUCCUCCAUCCUGUCUGCCAUGGAUGUGGACAGUCAGACCCAACCUAAUCAGCACAGCCAUCCAGUUCAGCGCGACAAGUUGGGAGAACCCUGGUGUGAUACAGUGAAUGUCAUGGAUGUCCAUCCUAUUAUUUGAUAUAGCGUUUGUCCUCCUUAAGGUCACGGUUGAGCUGGAGCUGAGGAGGAAAUAUUCGUCAGUGGGUGGCUUGGAGACGCGGAAACGUAUUACUUAUUUGCAUGCCCCUAUCACCACGCAGGAUGGCUGGAAGUAAGAUUCAAAUCCUGAACCGCAGAUGUUCUUAACAUUGUCGUUUUGUCAAUAACUACACAAUACAAUAAAUGCUUUUUAUCUAUGUACCAUGAAGAAAUGUUUUUAAACAUGCCUUAUCAGGAUGAAAGUGGCAUGAGUUGUGGUUUCACGUGGGAAACAAUAUAUAGCCCUCAAAAGUGUUCUGAAGUAGAUGUGAACCAUUGUCUUGAUUUAAAAGUAUUGUAUUAAUGCCUGUUUUGGAGCAAUAUAUUCAUAAAGCUUGACUUUUUCCACAUUUCUGCAGCCUUAAAAAAGAUUGUUGGCAAGUAUACUAUUACAAGUUUAACUUUUUCACUGUUUUUUUAUACCUGUUGGCACUUUGUAAUCAACCUAAAAGAUACCUUUUCACCAAAAUAAACAUUCAACUCUAUUUGGACAGCA